CCCCCCGCGCCCGCCGCCCUCAACCCCUGGGACGUGAUGCUCUGCGUCUCCGGCACCGCCAUCGCCUGCGAGAACGCCCUGGUGGUGGCCAUCAUCUGCUACUCGCCCGCCCUGCGCACCCCCAUGUUCGUGCUGGUGGGCAGCCUGGCGGCGGCUGCCCUCCCGGCCGGCCUCGGCCUCAUCCUCAACUUCGUUUUCCAGUACGUGAUCCGCUCCGAGACGGUCAGCCUGCUGACGGUGGGCUUCCUCGUCGCCUCCUUCGCUGCCUCCGUGAGUAGCUUGCUGGCCAUCACGGUCGAUCGCUACCUCUCCCUCUACAACGCCCUCACCUACUACUCGGAGAGGACGGUGCUCUGCACCCACACCAUGCUGGCGGGCGCCUGGGGGGUCUCCCUCUGCCUGGGGCUGCUGCCCGUCCUGGGCUGGAACUGCCUCCGCGACCGUGCCGCCUGCAGCGUCGUCAGACCCUUGACCAAGAGCAAUGUGACGCUGCUGUCCGCCUCUUUCUUUCUCAUUUUCCUCAUCAUGCUCCAUCUCUACAUCGAGAUCUGCAAGAUUGUUUGCAGGCAUGCCCACCAGAUAGCUCUCCAGCAGCACUUUCUCACUGCUUCACACUAUGUUGCCACCAAAAAAGGGGUCUCUACCCUCGCUAUAAUCCUCGGGACUUUCGGAGCCAGCUGGCUGCCUUUUGUCAUCUACUGUGUAGUGGGGGAUCCCAACUACCCUUCCGUGUACACGUACGCCACACUUCUACCUGCUACCUACAACUCCAUGAUCAACCCCAUCAUUUACGCCUACAGAAACCAGGAAAUCCAGAGGUCCAUGUGGGUGCUUUUCUGUGGCUGCUUCCAGGCUAAAGUGUCCUUUCGCUCCCGGUCCCCCAGUGAUGUCUGA